UAUUUGUCAAUAAAAAAUACUGCUUUAUUAAUGGCUGUGUUUCCCAUAAUUUUUUGGAUCUGCUCUAUGUUUAUGCCCGAAAGUCCAUAUUAUUACUUGAUGAAAAACAAGGAAGAAAAGGCAAAACAUUCAUUAAAAAUUUUAAGAAGAAAAAAAGAUGUUGAGACGGAGUUUGACCAAUUAAACAUAUUCCUUCAAAAACAGAUGUCCGAAAGAGGUACUUUUAGAGACCUAUUCUGCAUUCCAUUAAACCGAAAAAUUUUAAUACUGGUGACCCUAUUAAGAGCCUUCCAGUUUUUCACUGGCUACAUGGCUUUUACAUCCUAUAUUCAACUAUUAAUUGUACAAACUACGAACUUUAGCCCAGUUUUUGGUUCUUCUUUACUAAUUGUAUCUGGAAUUAUCAUUAUGACCCUGGGCUUGUUCUAUAUAGACAAAAUUGGAAGAAGAACUUUAUUUCUUGUUUCGAUGGUUUUGUGUUUCUGCGCGCUUAUUUCGAUGGCGGUAUUUUUAUCCAUCCACGACUAUACUAGUAUAGAUGUAUCAUCCGUAUCAAUUUUGCCUUUGGUGUUUGUGAUAGCUUACAAUGUUUUUUAUUGCGGUGGGCUAGGAAUUGGUGUUAAUAUUUACAUUGCGGAGGUGUAUCCUAGUAACAUCAAAGCAAAGGGUCUUGCGAUAGCAAGUUUAGUAUAUGCUGUUACUCUGAUAAGUAGUACCAAAGUUUAUCAGUUUACGACGGAUUAUAUAGGAGCAUCAGUUCCAUUCUAUAUAUUUGCUGGAACGACUAUAGUUGGAAUCGCUUAUAUUUAUUUCUUUAUUCCUGAAACGAAAGGGAAAACAUUAGAACUAAUCCAACAGGAGCUGAGAAAGGGGAAAAAGUCGUCUAUUAUAUGAAAAUUCACCGCAAAAUAAACUGUGCUAAACCUAAUGUAUCUUUUAAGGAUACAAAGAGAUUUAUAUUUGAUGUAUAUACUGCAUUUGAUAAUGCAAAUACUGAUAAUAAUUCGUUAAUUUAUUAUCAGAUUUAUUGUCUGGUAUCUUGGACUCUGGUCCCGAUGAUUUAUUAAAGCAAAAUAAGGCUUUGAUUUUUAUAAUUAUAAUAAUAUUUAAACUUAUAUAUACUUCAGAAUGUGUAAUAAGACUAUAAUUACUCAUUUAAAGGUAUGUUAAUUUAGAAAAUUGUACAUUUCAGCAUUUCAACCUAAACAAAACCAUCGAAUCAAAAAUUAGUUCAAUUUACAAUUUACUAUUGUUAAGUUUGUUGUUAAGUUUUUUCUUGUUAAUGCUGCUUCUAAUAAUUAGUUAGUGUUAUUAGUAAUUUAGAUCAAUUUUAGAAUUCUGUAGCAAACCAGUAAAUAUAAUUUUCUUGUUUUGUAUACGAUUUAGAAUGCAAAUAUUAAAAACAUGUAUUUGACGGUUUAACAAUGUGAUUAGUAUUAAAAAUUGUAUAGAAUUGGAAGAGAAAAAGAACUAUUGUUGUAUAUAGAUAUAUGUAUAUAAUUAUACAACU